UGUCUCGGCACGAAGACUGACAGCUGUAGUGCUAACACACUCGGGUAUUGGCUCGGUGGUGGAAGAGACGGUAGGUAGUCGGUUCGAUCGUCGAGCGACUGGUAUGCGGUUCGGUCCGGAAGAGGUGGUGGACGAACGUGGGAGAGAAGAGAGGACAAGAGAGAGAGAGAGAGAGAGAGAGAGAGAUGGAAACUCUUUUUUUCUCUCAGACGGAGUGGCACAGAGUGGUCUGGCGAAAGAGAGGGCUCGAGACAGAGUCCAAGACAACGUUCCUGUCCAACGAAGGGCUGUCGAAGGAGACGCGAGUGCCGGGUGAGCUUGGGAGAGAAGAAGGGAAUAGAGAAGGAAGAAGGGACAACAAACGACAAGGUCAAUGCGAAGGGACCCUCGAGGCCUUAAUAUGGGGAAGGGGAAGGUUGAAAUUCUGGAUGAGAGAGAGAGUGACCCAGAGACCAGAGAGAGAGAGAGAGAGAGGUGUGGAUAAAUGUGCUGAGACUAAGACCAGCGGCUCCUCCCUUCCCACCUUUUUCCCUUGCCUUGCCUUACGGAUACCGUGCCUUGCCUUCCCCUUCAUCAACCCCCUCCACCCCGGCACACCAAGUACCAAGUAUAUAUGUAGCUCCGGGUUAAGUGAUGGAUCUGGCGGGGAGUGUCUUCAUCAGGGCUCACUCGGCACUUAGUGUGUACGGAGUAGGGAGAGAGUGUGGAAAGAAGUUUGUCUUUUUUUGCUCGGGCUUUAGUCAUAAGCAAUGCUGCUGGGGCCAAGGCGCAACGGCAACGGAACGGAUGAGAUGCGAGGCGAGACGAUGUGAUGCAAGUCAAGACCACACAAAGUGCACGCACGUCAAG